UCCUGCUGACACCACCGGAAGUAGCAGCGGUCACGGGGUAGCGUGGCGUCACGGCGAGACGCAGCAGCGAAGAGCAGAGAGAGAGAGCGCGAGAGGAUGGAGGCCGCAGAGCAGCACCGGAGCUCGAGUGACGGCGCGCCCGCCAGAGGAGCGGGAGUCCCGGGCGGCGGAGGCGGCGCAGAGCCUGGGGGAAGCGCGGAGAGCGAGCGGGACAGAGAUCGCGCCACUUUCGAGUGUAAUAUCUGCCUGGACACAGCGCGCGACGCCGUCAUCAGCCUGUGCGGACAUCUUUUCUGUUGGCCGUGUCUUCAUCAGUGGCUGGAGACGCGGCCCAGUCGGCAGCAGUGUCCCGUGUGUAAAGCAGGAAUCAGUCGGGAUAAAGUGAUUCCGCUGUACGGUCGUGGCAGCACCAGUCAGGAAGACCCCAGAUUGAAAACGCCUCCUCGACCUCAGGGUCAGAGAACAGAAGCAGAGAGUCGAGGGCCAUUUCAAGGUUUCGGCGACACAGGCUUUCACAUGUCUUUUGGAAUCGGUGCUUUUCCAUUCGGUUUCUUCACCACAGUCUUUAAUACCAACGAUCAUUUUCACAGAGCAGAUCCUCACUAUGCAGCCGAUCACCACGGCAACGGAAACCCCAACAACGGAAACCCCAACAACGGCAACAACUGGCAAGACUCGCUCUUCCUCUUCCUCGCGAUCUUCUUCUUCUUCUGGAUGUUGAGCGUGUGAUGGGCUGAAGCGAUGGACACACGCCAUCUAUGAUUGACGCAGAGAUUAAAGUCUGUUUUUCUGCGGAGGAAAAUUCUUCAUCUUCUCUGUCUGUCUCACUGCGCACACACACACACACACACACACACACACACACACACACACACACACACACACACACACACACACACACACACACACACUCGUCCGCUGGUAUCAGUGUUGAAGAACAGAGACAGUAUUCAUGAACGCCACGUCUGGAGAGUUUAUUAAAAGAACAGCUCAUCAAAGAAAUCAUUCCCUCGUCCUCGUGUCGUUUCAGACCCACAAGACUCUGUUUCUGUGGAACACGACAGUCGUUUAGAGGAGAGAUCACAUGGCUUUAAAUGUGUGACGGACAGUUGACGUGACUCGUGUGCUGUUUUUCAAAGCUGUGUGAUUAUAGACGACUAGUCAUUGAUCGUCCUCCCCCUCCAAAAUCACAUUGUGUUAAUAUUCAAAAGAAAUGAUUUUUGAACAUGUUGGAAUAUCAUGAUGUGCAUGUUAUUUUAAAUUGAAAUAAAAACCUUUAUUAUGAUCUGAGGAUAUUUGGAAUACAGCGCACGGGUGCAUGCCGACCUUUUUAUUUCGAUCUUGACUGUCAUGUUUUGGGAGAUGAAAUAACGGCAGUGGGGUUUGAAACAACAUGAUGAGUAAAUAAUAACAGAAUUCAUUAUUUGGAAAACUCGUAGUUGUGUGUGUGAGAUUUCUCAUGGCAAAGAAAUUGGGACAUAAGAGCGUGCACAGACAGAAUUGUGUUUUCUGCAGUCGGGACAGAGGAGUUUCUGUGGAGUUGUGAAGAAACGGUUGCGUUGGUUGUUUGUUUGUUGUUUUAUGUUCAGGCCGUAGCACUGUGCCGUCUAAAACACAUUCUGUCAGGAUGAUUAAAUCUCUAAUACUGUGAGUCAUGUACUCAUUCAUUCCCGUUCAGUCCCGCCGAGAACAGGGCCCACUCUUAUUUCACCUGAAAAAUCUGAAGACGAGACAUUUUAUUCAGGACAUCAUUGCAUUGUGACGUUAUUCUCACUGCUGUCGUAUGGGCAAAAUCUUUUACAUUUUAGUCAUAUUUUAUUGACUUUUGAGUUGUGAUGAGUUAGAUUUUAUCAUGUGUAAAGAAUAAUGUUGCGAUGCAUAAAACGUCAAUGGCUUGAUUCUCUUUAUAUGUGAUGGUUUUCAUUCACCCGUCAAGAGUUGAUCUGAUAUUUGUGGUGUUAUUCUGAUUGGGUUCUUCCCAUGAGAAGCGUUUUGUGGGUUAGUUUGAGUGGACUAACCCGAUUGUAGUGUCAUGUUUUCACAACAGAAUCUAAUGUGUGAUGUUUGUUGUGUAAACACACACACACACACACACACACACACACACACACACACACACACACACACACACACACACACACACACANUACACACACACACACACACACACAGCUAACAGUAAACUGUUCUUAAUCGACUCGCAAGUUACACAAAUCUUAACUAAACAUGAUUUACAGACUAAAUGAAAGAGGAAGAGUGUAGAAAAUGUUUGAUUGUGUAGCUGUUGAGUAAAUGCCAUUUAUUUUCAUGUACUGGAAGAUUAAACUCGAUGGUAAAUCGAGUGAAUUUGUAAAAUUUAUAAAACUGGUCAUUUUGGCUUCAUGUCAACAUCUAGUGAACAAUGUAACGGAUAAUGUUAUAAACGUGCGUCCUCGUGCGCGUGUGUUUAGAUGUUGUAAAUGAAGUUGAUUGACAGCUGAGAGGUGAUGGUUUGUGCUGCUGUUGGUUUAAUGUAUGUUUCGCAUCCCGUGAAAGAACAUUUUCCGCCGCACACGAUUGGCUGUUUAAUCCUCUUUUUGAAAGCGAGCCAAUAAGAGAUGAGUAUGUGAUUACGCCAAGUUUGACGUCAGCGCAGGUCAUAGGUUUGACCUCACCGUUUUGGGUGACUUCUUUUCUUUUUGCAUAUCACUGGUUAAAGCAUAUAUGUUUGUAAAGAAAGUCUUUUUUGCUAUUAAAGUCUUAAGAUAGAUCCUAAUUAUUGUGCAAAUGGGGAUGAAAUUAAAGUGGGAGUGGAACAUUUAAAACGGUGUGGGUGUGUGAUUUAUUGUUUUGAAUCACAUGGUUGUGGUCACAGUUAUAGACACGGCAUUCGUGUGUGCCAUAAAACUGAAAAACAACAUUUUUGAGAUGAUUUUAUUGACGUGGUGGGGACACGAGCCAAAUCACAUUCACACAGAAUGAACCACAUUUUAACUAGAGGAAAUGUUUGAAUGCUCAUUUCAUUUAAAAGUUUCUGUGACCUGAGAAGGAAAUAUUCUGCUUUAGGAAGAAGCACAGCGGUCAUGUGAUCUCAAGUUGUAAAGUCUUUUUAAUCUAAAGUAAAUUUUUCUGUGCUGUUUAGCUGGAAUUUACUAAACCGUAAAACAUUAAUUUUCUCUUACAUUCUUACAAGUAUGCUUAAAAACUAAUAGCCUUCAACUUUAAACUCUUCAAAUUAAAUUAUAAAGCGCAUACUUUUACCAGUGGUAAACUGCUGGUCAAACGUUUACAUACAUAUUGUGCAAUCUGGAAAAUGUUGAAGAUGAUCAAUUUUGAAAUGAAGGUUGAAAAUGUGGUCCAGCCUGAACAAGACUUAAUACGGUAUGAUGUUACCUGAACAAUCAAUGUUUUGUGACAGAUUCUUGUUUAAUCUGAACCAUUAAACUGUCCACUGGUCUUCAGAAAAAUCAUCCAGAUCCUUCACAAUCUUCAAUAUCUCAUGUCCAGCAGUGACUGGAAGAUGUUGAGAUUCAUCUUUUUAUAUACUGAUGACAAAUCCAGACACUCAAAUACUAUUAUAAAAGAUACAAACAUUCAGUGAUGCUCAAGAAAUCAAUGCAAGAUUUUCAAUCAAACUUUUUCCAGUUAUGAAAAUACACUUUAGAGUAAACUGCUAGAUUAGUAAAUUUUCAUUAAUUUAAGGUUCCAUUUAACAUGUUCUAGGCCGUAAAGUGAAGACGUUUCUCAUUUAAUCCCGUUCCCAUAUAUGGGGUACUAAAUUUGUUUAAUAAAAAAAAAUGAUUUUUGAGCAAGAAAAUAAAAGCUCUCCAUUAACAAUCCUGCAGUUUCUGAAGUGUCAGAAAUCAUUUGUCAAACCUUGCAUCAGUUAGGACGGAUGGUUUGUCGGAGAUGUUG